AUAAUUAGAUAUUUCACAAGCACUAAACUGAUGGAAAAAACACUUGAUAUUAUCUACCUUUAAUAUCCACAGUUCAAAACACUCGAGAUAAUUUCUACCAACUCUAAAUUUAAGCACCUUUCUCUAAUAUCGAUUCCAAUAAACAGAAAUUAAUUUAUCGCUAAUACCAUCGCGAUUUCACCCCGUCUAAUAUUACCUUAAAAAAAAACAAAUCGAAUCUAAAACCUUCAGGACCGAUAUGGUAGGUACCUAGCCCCGAUAUCCGGAUCCCAUCGCGCAAUUUUUUCGAUCACAACCUCGUCUCCCCGACCCCAUCAAUUUUUAUUAAUAUCGAAAGUCACGAUAAUUUUUUUGCCGCACGCAAGGGGACCAGCUCGAGCUCGAGCCGGGUUAUAUUUGUGCGCCCCAUUUUCGCGACCAUGUCGCCGGAGAUCGCGUCUAAUUCUCCGGAUAAAUCGAAUUCGAUUUUAGACGAAUUCGAGUACGUGGUGCAAGUGGAAAAAUGCCAUCGUCUGUGCUUCGGUUCGAUGGAAUCGAACCGUUUUACAUCACAGCAGAGGAUGCAAACGCGCGAGGUGUUUCCUGAUGUCGCGCCGGGAUGUUACACUAUCGAGAAAAACUCUUCUGCUUUCCACGACAACAUCAAUAAGAAAAGGAGCAAAUUAGGAAUGGCUCCGAUUUGUUACACUGCUCCGCGUUUCAAACACUGGCUCAGUUUCUCUAUUCCUUCACCGGGAAGAUACAAUACCUGUAAAUUUUCAACGAAAUUCAAACAAAACGCCGCACCUUUUUCUUCUACCAGCAAAAUUAGAAACAACAAAUACAACAACAACCCUGGUCCCGGUACGUAUAACGCUACCAAGCGAAUAAAAUGCCGCAGAUCCAAAUUUAUGGACAAUUUCGGCGUACCGGCGGCCGUAAACUCGGUAGAAAUAAUCUGCGUGAAAAAACCACAGGACUCCUGCGAGAAAUGCCGGAAAAUCUGCGAGGCCGACUACUGGCACGUGGAUUACAACGAGUACUUGUGCCAGCAUUGCAGAAACGAUGAGUUCGUUUUGCACGAAUUGUACGAAGACGAGAAACUCAAACAAUUCACGAAAAUCAGGAAUUGCUCAUUUAUGCACGACCAUCAAAACACCGAUGCCGCCAUUAGACUUUUGCCAUCGAAG